AGAAGAAAAGUGAGAGAAAGAAGGAACCUAGAGAGAGAAAGUAGAGAAAGAAACGUAUUUGCCUCGCUGGAACAGAGAGACAGAGAGAAGAAGCAACAGUUUUUGUUUAUAUUUUGAUUUCCUUUUGACUCUCUUCUCUUCUCUUCUCUUCUCUUCAUCUUCUUCUUCAACCUUCUUCCUCUGUUCGGAAUUCGAACGAUCUCAACUUCACAGCAUGUCUUACGCUUACCUCUUCAAAUACAUCAUCAUCGGCGACACCGGAGUUGGAAAAUCAUGCCUUCUACUUCAAUUCACCGACAAGCGCUUUCAACCCGUUCAUGACUUGACAAUCGGUGUUGAAUUUGGAGCUAGGAUGAUCACAAUUGACAAUAAGCCAAUCAAGUUGCAAAUAUGGGAUACGGCUGGUCAAGAAUCCUUCAGAUCUAUUACAAGGUCUUAUUACAGAGGGGCUGCAGGUGCACUGCUCGUUUAUGAUAUAACCAGGAGGGAGACAUUUAAUCACUUGGCUAGUUGGUUGGAAGAUGCAAGGCAGCACGCUAAUGCAAAUAUGACAAUUAUGCUGAUUGGCAACAAGUGCGAUCUUGCUCACAGACGGGCUGUAAGCACAGAGGAAGGUGAGCAGUUUGCAAAGGAACAUGGAUUGAUCUUCAUGGAGGCUUCAGCUAAAACUGCUCAGAAUGUUGAAGAGGCAUUCAUAAAAACAGCUGCAACCAUAUACAAAAAGAUUCAGGAUGGAGUUUUUGAUGUAUCAAAUGAGUCUUAUGGAAUUAAAGUAGGAUAUGGUGGAAUUCCUGGACCAUCUGGAGGUAGGGAUGGCCCUUCUGCCUCGGCUGGAGGCUGCUGCAGUUGAAGUGAACAUAUUGCAACCUAUUUGCUUCGAUGUAGUUCUAUAUGCAGUCUCUUCCUUACUUUUAUUCUGGGUUUGGAUAUCAAGAUAUAUAUGCUCAACGUCCACUGAUGAAGUCAGAUAAUUGUAUAAUGUUUUCUUUUAAAUCUUUACUCUGCUUCUUUGACUUAAACUGAUAUUUGUCCAUAUUUGUGUGCAGAAUUAAUUGAUCUCUUGUUUCAUAUGUGUUAAAUAA